UCUACCUCGAUUUCCUACACUCCUCCAAGCAACUCUCUCUUCCACCUUCCAACCUCUACAAGAAAAAAAAAACAGCACGAGAAAGAUCACUCCAGCUCGUGAAAGAUCGCGGGGCAAAGCUCCACGGGCAUCCCCCGAGCUCGCACGCUCGUCGGCGGGCGCGGCGGCGGUCGAGCAUUGGUUGAUCUAUCUGACCGACCGCGCGUGGCGUUCGAUCGUCGGGAGGGGCGAUGGCCGGCAAGGUGGCUGCGCCGCUCGCGCUCCGCCGCGACGUCGUCGUGGUGCGCGGCCAUGGCAGCCCGCUCGGGCGGCCGCGGCGCCCGGCUCCGGGGGGCGGGCUGUCCGGGCUGUGGAGCAAUGGCGCCGGCGGAGGGAGGCUCGUGGCGCCGUCGUCGUCGUGGCCGGCGCGGGCGCGCGGGAAGAACCGGUCCGGCGGUGGUGGGCGUAGCGCGACCAAGGACGACGAGCGCGCGGAGAAGGAGCACAAGAAGGCGGAUGAGGCGGAGGCGGUGCUGAUCGUCGACGGGGAGGACGACGACGAGGUGCUCGACGGCGACGAUCUGUCCGGGUUCAGGGGCCUGGUUCUUGAUCUCUCUUACAGGCCUGUGAACGUUGUCUGCUGGAAGCGUGCAAUCUGUUUGGAAUUCAUGGCGAAGGCCGAUGUACUGGAGUACUAUGAUCAGACUGUCUCCUCACCCAGUGGAUCCUUCUACAUCCCUGCAGUUCUCAGGGUUCCAGAGCUGCUUCAGGUUGUAAAGAGAAGACGAGUUAAGCACAGCCUUAGCCGUAAAAACAUUCUUUACAGGGAUGGAUUUAUUUGCCAGUAUUGCUCCUCUCCUGAUAAUCUAACAAUUGAUCAUGUCAUUCCGACCUCACGCGGCGGCAAAUGGGAAUGGGAAAACUUGGUGACUGCAUGCUCAAGAUGCAACUCCAGGAAGGGCCAGAAGACGCUGGAGCAAGCUAACAUGAAGCUGCUCAAGGCCCCCAAGGCGCCAAAGGAAUUUGACAUCCUGGCUGUACCAUUGACAAAAGCUGCAUUCAGGACACUCAAGAGGAGCCAAGGGUUGCCUGAAGAAUGGCUGCAGUACCUAGCCAGGCCAUCUCCAUGAUCACCGGCUUAAGAACUAAGUUGUAGCCAUGAUUGUCAGUGUAUAUAUUAACUAGGCUAUUCAGCCGAACAUCACCUCUGUUCAUCACAGAUUCUAUACAUGCCUUAACUCUCAGUAAUAAAACAUGAUUCUGACUCGAACACGAUUAGAUAUA